AUGAAAGUCAGCCAGCGUACUCAACAGCUUUACAUUUAUCCCAUCAAGUCCCUGCGAGCAACACCAGUGACAGAGGGAACACUAUCCCACCUCGGCCUAAAGUAUGACCGACGCUUCAUGCUACUCAAAGUCGAGCCAAAAGAAGAUGGCUCAGGAACAACAUUAAAAAACAUGCACGUCCCACUCUUCCCAGAGAUGGCCCUCUUCGAAACAGCCCUCGAACUACCACAAAACGAGCACGAAACCAACGGGAAAAUCAAAGUCACAUACAACCCACCCACCUCACUCGAGAAAAAAGAUCCCAGACCGCGCGAAAGCAGGCAGUUGGAGAUCCCGCUCGAACCGAACGUCGACUCUCUUGCCCGGUUUCCGGUGACGAUGCACCAGAGUCCGACAAGCGGGUUUAAUAUGGGGAUUAAGUAUAAUGACUGGUUCAGUGAGUGUUUCGGGUACCCUGUUGUCCUGGCUUAUCUCGGUGUCAAUACGAGAGGGGUAUUGGGGACACUUGCGCCAGCGAAGCGAAAAGCGCAACUUGAAUCGAAGAAAGGAAGCGGUAAUUUGAUACAGCACUGGUUUUUAGAAAUAAUUGCACCCGGUCCGAAGAUUUCUAGCCCAGAUCGAUGGUUGAUACCGAUCUGUUUCCUCUCAUUCAUCAUCUCGAUAAUCUCCUACGCAGCCCGACAACUCGAGCAAGGCGCACACCCAGCCCUAGUCCUCGGAACAAGCGGCCUGAUACUAGCCGGCUCCGGUCUCGCCACACGCUACUACAUAUCCCGAAGAGAAGAUAGAAUUGGGUUCGCCGACUGUGCACCAUUCCUAAUUAUAUCCGAGAAGUCCGUGGACGAUGUCUCAGGACGACUAGCAUCGGGAAUAGAAAUGGACCGAACGAAGUUCCGACCGAACAUCGUUGUCUCUGGAGCUGAGAUGCCGUUUGAAGAGGACUUCUGGACAGAGGUUGUGAUUGGACCGGAGCGAGUCCGACUACUCUUGACGGGGAAUUGUGUGCGGUGUCAGAGUCUGAAUGUGGAUUACGAGACGGGAAAGAUGGGGACGGGCGAGGAAGGGACUGUGUUGAAGAAGUUGAUGAAGGAUCGACGGGUGGAUCGCGGUGCAAAGUUCAGUCCUGUUUUUGGCAGGUAUUCGUUUUUGGAGAGAGGGUUUGAGGGGCGGGAAAUUCGGGUUGGGGAUUCUGUGGAGGUUGUGGCGCGGGGACAGGAGAGGACUGUUACUGAUGGAGGCGGUGUCCGUGGCUACUCCAUGCUCAUUAUACUCCAGGAACUGAUGUACCGCACCUACGUCGAAUGCGAAGGCAAGCCGCCGCGCCGCGAUGAGAUCCCCAAACCCUGCGACCACUUCGACUUGAUUGCGGGUACUGGCACUGGCGGCUUGAUCGCCAUCAUGCUCGGCCGACUCCGUUUGGACCUCGAAACCUGCAAAGAAGUAUACGUCCGGAUGACCCGCAAAGUGUUCGAAACUGAUAAGACCAUCGCUGGGAUCCCGUACCGCUCGACAUUGUUUAAGGCGUCCAAGCUGGAAGAGGCGAUUCGAGAAUGCGUGCGGGAACAUACGGUGUGGGAAGCGGAGGGCAAUGACAUGCCGAAUAACUCGGGACCGCGAGCUUCGAUUUCUAGUCUGUCUUAUAGCCCUGGCUCAGUGCCACAGCGUUCGGUCAGCAGGGGUAGCUUCAGUACUUCGGGUCAGUCCUACUCGCAGCAGCAACAGUCGAAUCAAAGAGGAUCGACGUUCCUCAACGGGCUGCGCUGGGGGAAUCCGGAGGCUUUACUUUAUGAUAAUCGGGAGAACCGAACGAAGACUGCUGUUACCGCGCUCUACAAGGGCACUCCGCGCAAUUCGCCUGCAGUGCUUUUGCGUUCCUAUGAUUCUCGCCGCGAACCCCCUCCCGAGUUUGACUGUACGAUAUGGCAAGCCGGCCGUGCUACAUCCGCCACGGGGCUGGCAUUCAAGCCCAUCCGGAUCGGCCAGCACAACUUUAUCGACGAGGGCCCUGGAACUUACAACCCGGCGCCGCAGAUCCUCGAGGAAGCAGUCGUCAAUGAAUGGCCUGGUCGAGAGGUCGGUGUGUUUGUUAGUAUUGGUACUGGUAGACGGCCCUCGGGCACCAACAACCGACAACACGAGUGGUGGGAGGAUUUCUUCGGCGAUGCGCUUGGUACAUUCGCUGAGGCGCGGCGACGACUGAUUGCGAAGAUCGAGGGCUGUGAAGAUAUCCACCAGGAAAUGCUGCGGGACAUUCUUGCCAAGCAUAAUGUCAACAAGGACGUCUACUGCCGUCUCAACGUCGAAGUCGGAGUGGGCGAGUUUGGCAUGAAUGAGUGGAACCGCCUGGCCGACAUCAGCACCAACACCCGUCGCUAUCUCUCGCGUCCCGAGGUGAAGAAGAUGAUCCUGAAUUCGAGCGUUAGGUUUGCCAAGAUCCACCGCAUGAACAAACGCCUGGCUGCGCACGCGGCCACUGGUGGUGAUCGGGACGACAUGUCGUUUGACCUGGAGCGCGAGGAGAUCUCAGUCUCUACCCACACCCCCGCGUACACCGUUCCGCCGCCCUCGAAUCAGUUCGCCGUGGAACUGCCGGCCGAGCCUGUGGAGUACUUCUCGCAACCGCCUGCGCAGGGCUCGGCGCCUAUACCGGCCAGCGUGACGGUGACCGCACCGCCUGGUGACGAUUCACUCCCCGUCCACCCAACGCCUCAUGAUAACCUGCCUGUUUCUCCGACACGACACUCCAUCGGCGAGGUCGCCAGCUUCCGGCCAAGUCACGAGCACAUCCGGCCGUCAUCACAGCAACAGAACUCGCCUCAUCACAGCGCCGAGCAGUUCCCACCUUUCAACGGGAUGCCUCCACCCGUGCCACCGAAGACCCCCAUCCCAUACCCAGCGCAAGAUGGCAACGGGGGAGAUGUCUCGAUGCCGGCGCCGCUCUUCUCGCAACCCCCUCCCUCUGGCGGUAAGGUGCGCCCACCUUACCCGGUCGAUGGGGCGCCACCCGUGGUCAACCGGCAACGUAAGCCGAGCUACCACGUGCGGUGA